AUGUUCUUUGGCUGGCCCUUGCUGCCCUUCUUGCCACGACCGCAGUCUAGGAUCAUCACUUAUGUGGGACCGGGCAUCGACUUGCCGCACAUCCCAUCACCCUCCAACGAGGACGUGGACCACUGGCACAAGGUGUACAUGGAAGGCUUGCAGAAGCUCUUCGACGAGAACAAGGCAGAGGCUGGUUACCCUGAUGCGCAGCUGGAAAUACUGUAA